GCCCUGAAGGGGAACCAACACUACAGGAAGAAUAGCAGAGCACAUUUCUCGCUGCCACCGCAAAGUUUUGUCCCUUGGUUGAUUAAAGCAUCUGAAAGUUGUCUGUGGAAUGGACCAAACUAAAGGCAGCCACAGUGGUGAAUAUGGAUGGGGUGGGCCUCACCCCCCUCCGUACAACCCCCAGGACUAUGGUCAGAACUCUUACACGGGAGUGAGCUAUCAGGUGGGGGGAGGGAACGUUGCAGUGAUCACUCCUCCCGGCACAUAUGAUAACAUGAUCCAUCCUGAGGAUGUUGGAGCAGCUGGAGAGAACCAGCAGUAUGGACAAGCUCCACCUGUCUACAGCCACGGCUUAGAGGAGAGCGUUUUCAGUGACGCUGCCAUACGAAGAGGUUUCAUAAGGAAAGUCUACUUGACCUUGAUGAUUCAGCUGCUGGUGACAGUCGGGAUCAUCUGUGCUUUUCUAUAUUGGGACACUCUCAGGAUAUGGGCACUGGACACCUACUGGUUCUGCUACACCAUGUUGGCAGUGGUGAUGGUGCUCAUCGUGGCCUUGUCCUGCUGUGACAACCUCCGUCGUCAAGUCCCCCUCAAUUUCAUUGCCCUGGGCCUGUUUACUAUCGCAGAGGGCCUGAUGCUCGGAUCUGUGACAGUGUUAUUUGAUGCUGAAGCAGUUCUGUGGGCAGUGGGGGCAACAGCGCUGGUGUCCUUUGCCUUGAGUGUGUUUGCUAUGCAGUCAAAGUGGGACUUCACUGCAGCAUACGGGAGCUUGUGGGUGUUUGCCUGGACCCUCUUCUCCUUUGCAUUGCUUUGUGCAAUUCUCCGAUCGCAGUAUCUCUACAUAUUAUAUGCCUGCCUGGGAACCCUGCUGUUUUCAUUAUACUUGGUGUUUGAUACACAGCUUAUCCUGGGUGGGAAACACAGAAAGUAUGAAGUGUCUCCUGAGGAGUAUGUGUUUGCAGCUCUGAACCUCUAUUUGGACAUUGUCACUAUGUUCUUGCUGCUGCUGCAGCUCAUCGGCCUCUGCCGCUGAUGCAGACAACAGUGUGCUGCAAGUGACCGUCGUAUUUAACUAAGACAGGAGGGUGCAGUCAAGAUACAGAAACGUAUGUUCUGCUAUAAUACAGUGUGUGUUCAUGUUUUGUUUUGUGCUUUUUGAGAUUUUAAUAGUAUACCAUAGUUACAUUUCUACAAACAUUGUAUUUUAGUGCAUUCAAUAUUCAUUCCUGUUGAAUUUGACUAGUGUUCCUUAAACAAGAAACCUGAAUUAGAAACAAACAGAAAGGAGCUCAGACUCCCUGUGGUCUGGACGUUUUCAGCUUGUCUAAUUUCUAACCCAGAUUCCAGAAAACAGAAUCGAGCAGCUUUAACACUCCCAUACAUCGCACUGGUUGCUGUGUGAAAUUACUGAUGUACUGUAGUAUAAUAUAGUAUCUCAAUGAUCAAUUCAAUUCAAAACGCACUCAUCCAAAGGUAUACAAACCACACAUUAAAACUCAACACAAAGUUUAUUGGCAUCAUACAUCAACGUUGUUUGUUUUUUUUCAUAUAAAGAGGGAAUGUAUCAAGUAUAGACUAUGAAAGUGCAAAUAGCAUUUCAAGGAUUAGUUGCUUCACAAUAGAAAACCUAAAAGGAGUUACAAAAUAUUAGAUGCCAUCUUGAAAUAAAAUCACCUGGACAUUAGAGGAAGAACAAACUCCAUUUACCCAUUUCAGCGCAGCGUCGUCUUUACACAAAAAAGGGGCAACGUGUUAUCUCCUCUGUUUAAUCCACUUACAUUAACAGGACCAACAAAGUUAGCCCAUCUAGCCGUUUGGCACUCCAAAGUUUCACAGCUUCUCAAAGCUUUCAUUGAUUGCUGAAUUAAAGACAUUGUUUACUUUAGUUUGUACAAAAAUAUGAAACACUGAUGUAUUCAUUUCAUAUUGGUUAUUCACACUCAGUUUUUCUUGAGCAGAUCAAAUGUAAUUUCAAAUAAAUACCUACCUUAUAUUGCAA